AUGGAUGGUGAAAGCGUUGAGGAUUUUAAUACCGGAGAUGAGAGUUUUUCAGACAUCGUUCCUAGUGUGAACAUGUGUUUUGGCAGUAUGGAGGAUGCCAAGAAAUUUUAUUGUGAUUAUGGAAAAAGAUGUGGUUUUGGUGUUCGAACAAGAACUUCAAAGAAGAACAACAAAAACAAAGUUUAUUACUUGAGAUUAGUUUGUUCAAGGGAAGGUAAAUAUGUUUCUAACAUUCGUCCUGAAGUGAAAACUCUACCUAGUCAAACAAAUCAAUGUCCUGCAGGAAUCACAUUUGCUAGAAAAGAUGACAAAUGGGUUGUUAGGACUGUUGUUGUAGAGCACAGUCAUGAGCUUUGUCCACAAACCUCCAAUCUCAUUCGUGGCAAUAUAAAAUUGAACAUGCACGCGAAACACACGUUGGAAGUUAACGAUGACGCGGGUGUACGUAUAAACAAGAGUUUUCUUAGCAUGGUGAGUGACGCUGGUGGAUACGAAAAUAUGGAAUUUAUGGAGAGAGAUGCUAGAAACUUCAUCGGUCAACAUAGAAGGUCAGUUUGUAAGGACGGAGAUGGUCAGACGCUACUACGUCACUUUUCAAAAAUGAGAGACCUGAAUAACGAUUUCUUCUACGAACUAGAAAUGGAUGAAGGAAAUAGAAUUACUAGUGUAUUUUGUGCGGACGCUAAAAGCUGA